CUUAGGUUCUCACGCUCACAUCCUUUGCAUUCUUAGUCAACACCAAAAACCAAACUGAAACUGGAACAAUAGAGCAUCUUUCCUAGUUUUGUCUCAAAUCAAACAACUCUGACGGAGGAUACUGCUAUUGCUCCGCCUGAAUCUCCAUGGCUGAUCCACAGCCGCUGCUUCUCAACGAUUCCGAGCCAACUCAAUUUCAAAACACCCGAAUCGCCUCCCUUGACGUCUUUCGCGGCCUCUCUGUUUUUCUUAUGAUAUUUGUGGAUUAUGCUGCUUCGAUCUUCCCCAUCAUUGCUCAUGCCCCCUGGAAUGGGAUUCACUUGGCUGAUUUCGUCAUGCCUUUUUUUCUUUUCAUUGCUGGAAUUUCUCUUGCCCUCGUUUAUAAGAGAAGGCCUCAUAGAACCCAAGCUACAUGGAAAGCUUUUGCUAGAGCUCUCAACCUCUUUGCUCUUGGUAUUCUUCUUCAAGGUGGCUAUUUUCACGGAGUUACUUCCUUGACUUUUGGUGUUGACAUUCAAAGAAUUCGGUGGCUGGGCAUUUUACAGAGGAUAUCUAUUGGAUACAUUGUUGCAGCUUUAUGCGAGAUCUGGCUUCCAGCUCCACGAUGGAAAGAAUUAGGUUUCGUCAAAAGUUACUACUGGCAAUGGUUUGUUGCAGUAAUAUUGUUGGCACUUUACUCUGGAUUACUGUAUGGUCUAUAUGUUCCAGAUUGGCAGUUUGAUGUAUCAGCCUCGACCUCUUCAUUGCCUCCUAUUGGUGGUGGUGAUAUUUACAUGGUGAAUUGUUCAGUGAGAGGUGAUCUUGGACCUGCCUGUAAUUCUGCUGGAAUGAUUGAUCGCUAUAUUCUUGGUCUUGACCAUCUGUAUAGAAAGCCUGUUUACAGAAAUCUCAAGGGGUGCAAUAUGUCUGCUAAGGGUCAAGUUUCAGAUAGUUCACCUUCAUGGUGUCAUGCUCCUUUUGACCCAGAAGGCAUUUUAAGCUCCAUAACAGCUGCAGUUUCGUGCAUAAUUGGACUUCAGUAUGGUCACGUUCUUGCCCAUCUACAGGACCACAAAGGGCGCCUAUACAACUGGAUGUGUUUUUCCCUUUCAUUUUUGGCUCUUGGACUGUUUCUGGCAUUAAUAGGAAUUCCUCUAAAUAAAUCGCUGUACACAGUCAGUUAUAUGCUACUAACUUCUGCAGCUUCUGGUCUCACAUUCAUUGCUUUAUAUUUUCUGGUAGAUGUUCAUGGUCACAGGCGUUUGACAGCGUUGUUGGAGUGGAUGGGAAAACACUCCUUGAGUAUAUUUGUCAUCGUAUCUUCAAACUUGGCCGUGAUUGCUGUUCAAGGAUUUUAUUGGACUAAACCCGAAAACAACAUUGAAGUGAGCCAAGAAGGCCUGCAGAGGAAGGACUACGUAGACCCUCCUCCAGCCCCUCUCAUCGACCUUGCCGAGAUCAAGCUCUGGUCCUUCUACAGAGCCCUCAUCGCCGAGUUCAUUGCCACACUCCUCUUCCUCUACGUCACCGUCGCCACCGUCAUCGGCCACAAGAAACAGACCGGACCAUGCGACGGCGUUGGCCUUCUCGGCAUCGCAUGGGCCUUCGGUGGCAUGAUCUUCGUCCUCGUCUACUGCACCGCCGGCAUUUCUGGUGGACACAUCAACCCUGCGGUGACUUUUGGCCUGUUCCUGGCCCGCAAGGUGUCUCUCAUUCGCGCCGUGUUCUACAUGGUAGCACAGUGUCUUGGUGCCAUCUGCGGUGUUGGGUUGGUGAAGGCCUUCAUGAAGCACUCCUACAACUCCCUCGGCGGCGGUGCUAACUCCGUCAGCGCAGGCUACAACAAAGGCAGUGCUCUGGGUGCUGAGAUUAUCGGCACUUUCGUCCUUGUCUACACCGUUUUCUCAGCUACCGACCCCAAGAGAAGCGCGCGUGACUCCCAUGUCCCCGUGUUGGCCCCAUUGCCCAUUGGGUUUGCCGUUUUCAUGGUUCACUUGGCCACCAUUCCCAUCACCGGUACCGGGAUCAACCCAGCCAGGAGCUUGGGUGCAGCUGUUAUCUACAACAAUGGCAAAGUUUGGGACGAGCAUUGGAUAUUCUGGGUUGGGCCAUUGGUGGGAGCUUUGGCGGCGGCGGCAUACCACCAGUACAUCCUUAGAGCAGGGGCUAUUAAGGCCUUGGGUUCAUUCAGGAGCAACCCUACCAACUAGUUCCCAAGACAAUGUCAUCAUCACCAAUUCGCCUCUUCUUUUCUAUUUAUUUCUUUUGUUUGUAUGAGAGAUCAUCAUGCCCUGUGUAUGGGGAUAAUUCGUCUUUUUUUCUUCUUCCUUCCUUUUAUCUCCCCGCCUGUCUCAUUUGUCCGUUCGCUUACACUUCUAACCAAAAUUCCCGUGAACACAACCCACAGGGUUUGCUGUCGGAAUGUGAACCUUUUUCCCUUGCGUUCAAUUAUGCCAAGAAUUUUCUAGCUAA